CAAUAAUUUAAAUUUGGAAAAUAAUCGAGAUAAUGAUUCUGAAUUUUUAUCCUCCAUUUGAUAAUGAUCGUCUUGUGAAAAGACCGAAGAAUUGUGUUGUCUGUGCCAAACCAGCCAAAUUUUGUCAUUUUGAUGUUCCAAGCUGUUGUUUUUCAUUCUUUCGUCGAUCUAUAUUAGAUCAACACUUGUAUGUUUGCAAAAAUCAAGGAAAUUGCAGAAUUGAAGAGGGGAUAUUCUGCCGUUCCUGCCGUUUUGACCGUUGUCUUCUUGGUGGAAUGAACUUUCGGACUAUACAAAAAUUUCCAAAUGGAAUUGAUAUUAAUAAAAUUUCUGCAAUGAUAACUGAGAAAAAACGUCAACUUUUCGAAAAAGCUGCAAAGUCUCAAAAUUAUCCAGAUUUUGGUCAAUAUGAUUUAACAGUGGUAAUGGAUUAUUAUCACUUAGGAUCAGAGCUGAUUUUAAAUUUUGAUUUCAAUUUUGGAUAA